UCUGUCUGCGGCUCUGCCCGGCUGCACCCCCUCCGCCUUCCUUCCUGACCCGAGAGGGAAGCCGGGCAGCAGCAGCAGCUCACCGCCGGCACACCCCCAUAUAUAUAUACACACCGCCACCGCCACCGCUUCCCCCCCCUCCCCGCCUCCGCCUCCCUCGUCCCGAACGCCUCCGCCACGCCAAUGCGCCGCCCCUCGCCGCCGCCGCCGGAGCUCCCCGCCGCCGGGGCCGAGAUCCAGGCGGCGCUGAUCCCCGCCGUCGCGGGGCAAGCCUCCUCCUCCCCGUCCGCCGCCGCCGGUGCAGGAAGAGGAGGAGGAGGAGGCGGGGGCUCCUUCACGGCGCUGCUGGGCCUCCCCACCUCCCAGGCCAUGGAGCUGCUCCUCCCCCGAGCCGCGGCGCCCUAUCCCGCCCCCGCCCCGGCGCCCACCUUCCCCUCCGACCCGCACCUCGUGGACCGCGCCGCGCGCUCCUCCGCGUUCGCGUCCCCGCCCCCGUCCUCCCCUUCCCCGACCCCGCCCCCGGCGCCUCCCGCCGCCGCCACUAACGCCGGCAAGCGCAAGGCCGACCCCGCCGACCGCGCCUCCAAGGGGAAGGCCGCGAGGAAGGGGAAGACGGCGGAGGAGAAGCCCGCGGCCGGCGGCGACGGCGAGGACGAGAAGCCGGCGUACGUGCACGUGCGGGCCAGGCGGGGCCAGGCCACCGACAGCCACAGCCUCGCCGAGCGGGCGAGACGCGAGAAGAUCAAUGCGAGGAUGGAGCUGCUCAAGGAGCUGGUCCCCGGCUGCAGCAAGGUAUCAGGAACAGCACUGGUGCUGGAUGAGAUCAUUAAUCAUGUUCAGUCUCUCCAAAGGCAAGUUGAGUACUUGUCAAUGAGGCUCGCAGCUGUAAACCCAAGGGUCGACUUUGGUGGGCUAGACAACUUUAUGACCACAGAGUGUGGAAGAAUGGCAGGCCUGAACUGCAAGAACGGAAUCGACUUGGAGCAGGUCACCUGGCCAGAAAUGGGCGUUCAUGGAGCAAGACAUCUGAUGCAACUUCAGCAGCAGCUCUGGCAUGGUGAUUUAGCGCAUCAACACCAAGCAGUGUCGCAGUGGGAAAAGCGAGGGGAUGGAAAUCCUCCCGUCUUUAGCAGCUCCAGCCCUUCUCUCUUCGGCUACGAUCUAACAAGCUCUGGAGCACAGCAACCCCCGGCGAGCAAGCUGAAGACGGAGCUGUGAGCGAGGGUGGUAGAUAGCAUGUCAGGAGAGCAAGCUGAACAUAUGCGGUAGGCAGCGGCUGCGACUGAAUUUCAGUUGAUCAAGCUACACACUAGCUGUGAGUGUAUGAAGACAGGCUGUGGAUGGCGAUGUCGAGGGCAGCGAAAUCAACGUUUUGAGAAAAAGGGGUGUACAUAUAGAGAUAGAGAUACUAUUGGUACGAAGCUAAAAAACGAGGAAGGAUCACGGAUGAACGAGGAUACCAGCUUUCCUGCUGCUAUCAUUGUAGAGAUGGGGAGCGAUACUCUGGUCUAUUGCUGAAUGCUGAUUAAUUCUUGGUGUAUUUCUUGACUAUAAAUGCCUCAUCUUAAAGUUAUAAUGAGCAGCAUUAUUUGAUGAACAACAAACAUUAUGGGCCCUGUUCCCUUCUUGGUUGCAUUUGUACAAGCAAUGCAAAAGUUUGUCAACCUUUUUUUA